GUUUUUUCCCAACACCAAUCCACUCUUCCCCCUUUUUUCUCCACUCCCCUCUGCUGUCCCCACCCCAGAUUCCCGUGCAAUUUUCCCCAAUCCCAAACACUUAAUUGAGCAAUUGGGAUUCCUCACGUGUGGGCUGAUUUGUAGUUUGAACACGUGGCUCAUUCAAAAAAGCCGGAAUAGCGGAGGAUUUUUUUCUCCCCCCUUCUUCUUCUUCUUAUUCUAGGCUCUAGACUUAGAGGCGGGCGCCAGCCUUACCGUGUGUGACAUUCUCUGUCUCUUUGCCAAGGGGUUUGGAGGAAGACACAAAGUAGUUUCUCCUCCUUUUCACCCAGCCCGCCAUCGUUUGGAGACACCAGAUUAAUAAUUGAGCAUUUAUUUAUUGCGCGAUAGAGACAGAGGGGCGAGUGAGAGCGAACGCACUGUGAGGCUGCCAGUUUAAAUCUAUCUGUGGCUUGAACGACCGGGAAGCACGCCACAGCCACUCCGUAGUAGUAAAGGCGAUUUAGGCUACUCCAAACACUGCACGUCCGUGAGUGCAACUAACUAUCUCUCCUUCAGCGUAAAGAUUGUCCCUUUUCGGCGCACAACAUGAAUAAGCUAUACAUUGGCAACGUGAGCGCCGAGGCGAGCGAGGAGGACUUCGAAACUGUCUUUGAGCAGUGGAAGAUUCCGCACAGUGGUCCAUUUCUUGUCAAAACUGGCUAUGCGUUUGUGGAUUGCCCGGACGAGAAGGCUGCAAUGAAGGCCAUCGAUAUUCUAUCAGGUAAAGUUGAACUUCAUGGGAAACUUAUCGAAGUGGACUACUCUGUCCCUAAACGUCUAAGGAGCUGUAAGCUGCAGAUCAGGAACAUCCCGCCUCACAUGCAGUGGGAGGUUUUGGAUGGUAUGCUUGCUCAGUAUGGGACAGUAGAGAGCUGUGAACAAGUAAACACUGACACAGAGACUGCAGUAGUCAAUGUUCGAUAUGCAGCCAAGGACCAGGCCAGGCUGUCGAUGGAGAAGCUGAAUGGAUCUAUGAUGGAGAACUAUGCCUUGAAAGUAUCUUAUAUCCCAGAUGAGACCGCUGUCCAAGAAGGUCCUUCAGCAGGAGGCAGGAGAGGCUUUAACGCUCGUGGACCCCCUCGUUCUGGCUCUCCAGGUCUGGGAGCCCGGCCCAAAGUGCAGUCAGACAUCCCGCUGCGCAUGCUUGUUCCCACGCAGUUUGUGGGGGCGAUCAUCGGCAAGGAGGGCGCCACAAUCCGCAACAUCACCAAACAGACCCACUCAAAGAUCGACAUCCAUAGGAAAGAGAACGCUGGCGCAGCAGAGAAGCCCAUCACGAUUCACUCGACCCCUGAAGGCUGUUCGAGCGCUUGUACGACCAUCAUGGAGAUCAUGCAGAAGGAGGCCGUCGACACAAAGUUUACUGAGGAGAUCCCACUGAAGAUACUUGCACACAACAACUUCGUCGGAAGAUUAAUUGGGAAGGAAGGACGCAACCUGAAGAAAAUCGAGCAGGAUACGGGAUGCAAGAUCACAAUUUCACCUCUGCAGGACUUGACUCUGUACAACCCUGAGCGGACCAUCACAUUGAAGGGCUCCAUCGAGGCGUGCACAAGAGCCGAGGAGGAGGUGAUGAAGAAGAUCAGGGAAUCGUAUGAUAGUGACAUGGCUGCUAUGAACCUCCAGUCCAACCUGAUCCCCGGCUUGAAUCUGAACGCUCUAGGUUUGUUUCCUGGUGGAGGACCAGGCAUGGGUCCGUCCAUGCCCAGCGUCCCACCUCCUGGAGCCCACGGUGGAUGCCCGUCAUUUGGAUGCAGUCCUUAUGGGGGCGAGGGGCCAUUUUGGGCUUCUAUGCUGUCGGCGAGCAGCCAGCCCCUCGCUCAGGGACAACCGGAGUCAGAGACGGUUCACCUUUUCAUCCCGGCACUCGCAGUAGGAGCCAUCAUCGGAAAACAGGGUCAACACAUCAAACAGCUAUCACACUUUGCCGGAGCCUCAAUCAAAAUUGCCCCUGCAGAAGGACUGGAUCCCAAACAGAGGAUGGUUAUCAUCGUGGGUCCACCAGAGGCUCAGUUUAAGGCUCAGUGUCGCCUCUUUGGCAAGCUGAAAGAGGAGAAUUUCUUUGGACCCAAGGAGGAGGUGAAGCUGGAGGCGCACAUCAAGGUUCCCUCCUUCGCUGCCGGACGAGUCAUCGGGAAAGGAGGAAAAACGGUAAAUGAGCUGCAGAACCUGACCUGUGCAGAAGUGGUGGUGCCCAGAGACCAGACGCCCGAUGAGAACGACCAAGUUAUAGUAAAGAUCAGCGGACACUUCUUUGCAUGCCAGUUGGCCCAGAGGAAGAUUCAGGAGAUCCUGGCUCAGGUGAGAAGGCAGCAGCAGCCCAAGCCUUCAUCUGGAGCCCAAACUCCAAUCCCCCGCAGGAAGUAAAGAUCCAGCGGACCUGGAGGAACGGUGACCGAAUCUGCCAGAAGCCUCGACAGAUCGGACAGAUGCAGCGGAGUCCAAGGGGGGGAGAACGAGAAGACGACAAGGGGUUGUAGCGCUCAUCUCAGGGGUCAAAGGUUAUCGGAACCCAACCAAACACCCGCCCCUCUUUGUCGUAUAUGAAGAACUUUCAAGUGGGGCUGAUAAGAGACCCUAGGCCUCUAAGCCCUCCGCCCCACCUCACCUCUCUGCAUCUCUGUGAGAAUGUACUUCUGAGGGCUCCCAACAACGUCACCCGCCCUCACACAUACACACCCCUCGACCGCUCUCCUCUCCCCUCCACCACGGGUGUGUUCAAUUAAUUUUUGUCCUCUUUUGACACUACAAACAGAAGAAAUAAGGAUCCCCCCCCCCCCCCCCCCCCCUCCUAUCACCUCCCCGGUGUGGUACUUCAAACCUGACAAGAUGUUUUGGUUGACUUCAGAUUUAGUUGAAACUCUUUUUUUAGUGUUUAAUUGGUUGAUGAAGCUUUCUCAUGAGUUGUUUUUUUCUGUGGAAAGGAAAGGCAUUGCUAUCAAGGUCCUAGUUGGACCAACAGAGAGGUUUAUUUUGUGGGGAGGGUUGGCUCAGAUUGGGUGGGCCAUGUUUAGGGGAAAGAUUCUUGUUUCAGGACAGGACACCUGAAAGGGUGGAUUAUAUUGGGCGUCCUGCCCUUGUAAUGAUAAUGGCAUUUUAUAAAUUUGGAUGCAUUUUAUAGAUAGACCUAUAUACAUAGAUGAAUAUAUAUUUAGAGGUGAGGGCAGCGCUAUGACUGACACUUGGGGAAAUGGUGCCGAACUGCUGCUGCCCAGGAAAACCAAUUUAAUAUGCAUUUUACUUAACUACCUCAGGAUCUAGUACCUCAGAAGAGAAAAGAAAAUGAUUAUAUAUAUAUAUGAAAAAGAUGUUCCUUUCUUUUUUUAUUUUGCUUUUGUGGUAUUUUGUAUACUUUAUAAAGCUGAUAGUCUUUGAACAUUUUUAUUUUUUUAAGAAAAUUUAAAAUUUGGUCAGCUGCCAACUGACCUUGCCUUCAACUCUGGUGCUUUAGGUGGCGAUGUUGAUGUGUAUGUGUGACUUGAGAUGACCCUGUACAUAGAGUCUAUUUGUACAUAGCAGCCUCCGAAAGCACGAGUUGGCGCCCCCUCAGCUGGCGGCUGACAGGAGUAUCUAGAGAAAAUCGCCUCAGUUUUUCCCCUGAGGUCCACCAUCUUCUGAAUAUAAAAAAAACUACAAAGCAACCAAGACAUGCAAAUAUUGCCAACCGUACAUAAUUGCAGCAAUGCCAUUUAGUUUUGGGAUUGACAUUGUUCUAGGUAAUGGUACUUUAAUUUGUCAGAAAUAAAUACUUAAUGACUUCCUGCGAGGGCUGUGGUCAGGGCAGUGGGGACUGUAACAGUCCCGCAGAGCAUCUGUUUUUGUCUGUUUGUUCCCAGAUCAUCUGUUACCUUCUUCACGAUGGUUUCUAUCAAGGUCCAGGCCUGACUAGGUUUAUUUUCAUUGAGCAAGCUACGUCAGCUUGAAGUGGCCGUCAGAGUCAAUGUAAACGUCUUUCACUGCAUGGUGAGGGUAGGGGGAGGCACACUGAUAGACGCAAGGUUUUUUUUUUUUUGUUUUUUUUUUUUGCGCUAUAGAAGAAACAAAUGAUUUAAACAUUCUCUGAAACCCACAAAUGCAAUUUUAAUUUCAAACAGGGAUAACGAGCCAGAAAAGGCCCCCUAAAACCUGAAUGAACCUCUCUCCGGGGCUAAGAAAGGAGGAAAAUAAUCCAAAACAUACAAAUAUACAAUUUAUUUCAUUGUCUCUUCAUGCCGAAUGUAAAUAUGUUGAUUGUGGUAAAAGUGCUUGAGUGUAUCCAUGCUUCCACAGUAGAACGCCGUCUACCUCAGCUGAGGGGGUGAGGGGUUGUUGUGGCACUAGGCACCCCACCCUGCCCCCACUGAGCGCCAGCGCGCACUGAUACCUCAGUCCCCCCUGAACACUUCUUUCUACAUGGGCGCGCCAUCUGAAGACCGCGCUUAACUGAGGGGCACAAGUGAUACUUAAAUUCUCCCCAACACCUCCUGCUCCCCUGCCUCCUUCCUGCCAAUCCCCCCCCCCCCUCCCUCCCUCCACCUGCCCUUCUCCCCUCCUCCGCAGUUUGUUUUGAUCUACCUCUUUAGAAAUGUAUUUGAAGUAGAGGCAUUCUUCUAUUUGUUAGAAUUUAGCCCCCCGCCCCUCCUUUAUGACUCCCCAUGCUUCCCCAGAAAUGAAUAAAAAAAAAAUGAAACUAAAAUCAUGUACUAUUUAGACUUGAGAGAAAAAUUGAUCAAAAAUGUAAUUUUUGCCAGUGUUUAUAUAUACUCCUUUUGGCUUAAUUGAAACCCUCAAACGAUUUUUCUCUUUUUCUGCUUUCUAAUUUUUUGGUGGUGUGGCUUACAUGUAUUUGAACUUUUGCUUGGGUUUUUUUUUUUUUUUUUUUUUGUGUGGAAAAAAAAAAGGUCAAAUCACGUGUUUGAUUUUUGCAUUCAGUAGUUAAAUGAGAAAAAUACUUUUUCUUGAAACAGGGCCUGGCUUUUUUUUUUGUUUCUGAUUUGUAAGACUUCAAAAUAGGUAUUAAGUCCUGUCUUUUUUUCCCUUUCUCUCUCUUUCACUGAUGCUACACUCACUCGCUGAUUUAGUAGCUCGUUUCUUCUGUUAGCAUUUCUUGGCUGUGUAACGUGAAACAUCCUCCUGGUAUGAGACAGAUUUGAGGGACUGGGUCUCUGAGUUUUUUUUUGGAAAAGUUAUCUGACUUCAGCAUGAUAUUCCCUCCUCCCCCUCUCUGCAACCAUGCUUGUGCCCCAUCACCUCCCCUUCACACACAGCUCCACUUGUCAAAUGCCUCUGAAUAAAAUAAAAAUAAUCAAGUUUG